UUUGCCACGAAAAGUUUUGUUUAGUCGUAAGCUUGAGUUCAAUAAAUGAUUAUUGUGAAACCACGAUUAAAAUGGCGCCCAACGUGGGGCCUUAACCUACGAACAGUACCGGCAAAGUACCUACCGUGAGUGCAGCGUGUCGAAACCUGUUUUUACCGGCGUGAAAACAGUGCAAUCUCGAACUGUAACGAGUUACGAUGGCUUCCGCGACGCGAUCCAAGUGUGGGGUCGCAGGCAACCGCGACGACCACGAUGACCACUCGGCGGCAACGGCAUCGGCAGCCGCGAGCGACCAGGGGGUCGCUCAGCACGGCGCCGACCGGCGAGCGACAGCGGCUCCGACCGCGCCCGGCGGCAGCGCCGCGGGCCCGUUCAUGACCGAGUCGCAGGUGUCCUCCCUCCUGUCGGCCUUCGCACGGUCCCAACAGGAGGCCAACCGCAUCCUCUUCGAGAACCUACUGACGACGCUGAGCACCACGAGCACGACGAGCACGGGGCCGGCAGUACCGCCCCAGUCGCCACCGAUGUCGACAUCCGAGUCGCAGUUCCGAGGCGGGUCGUUCGCAAAAUGCACGGCACGCUUCGAUGGGCGAGCGGACGAUGCCGACAAGUUGGAAGCAUUUCUGGACGCCGUCACUACAUACAAGGAGUGCCUGAGCGUGAGCGACGAGCACGCGCUGCGCGGCCUCCCCAUCCUGCUGGUGGAUGAUGCAGCUGUGUGGUGGCGAGGGGUCAAGAACUCCGUCUACACCUGGGACGACGCGGUCGCGCGCCUACGAGGCAUGUACGGCGCCGCACGACCGGCCUACAAAAUCCUUCGCGAAAUAUUCGCGCAAGAGCAAGGACAGCAACGAUGCGACGUGUUUAUCUCGAAGAUGAGAGCGUUGAUAGCUAAACUUCCAUACGAACUGAACGAGUGUCUACAGAUUGACAUUGUUUACGGUCUACUUGACCGACGAGUGCGUAAACGCGUAACCCGCGAAAGUGUUGUGUCGUUAGACGUGUUGGUGGAUAGGGCCCGCGAUAUCGAAGAGUCUAUCGCCGAGGUAACGCAAGGGGACUCAGGUAAAGGUCCACGCGGCACCAUAAGUACCUAUUCCAUCCAGAAAACCGUAAGUAGUUCUCCGCUAACUGAUAACACACCUACACACUCGCCCUCUAGUUCAAAUGACGCAAAAACACAGGGACGUAAUCGUUUACGUUGUUCUUUUUGUAAUGUAUUUGGUCAUCAAAUAGAUAAUUGUCGUAACCGUGAGCGAAAUAACAAAACUUCCACGAGCAAAGACAACUCCGAACGUAAUUUUAAUAAUAAUAGUUCGCGUAAUAAUAGUACAAUACGGUGUUAUGGAUGUGGCCAGCAAGGCGUAAUCAAAUCGAAGUGUGAGACGUGUAGUCCGAAGUCUCAAUCGGAAUUCCACACUUUAGUGUCCCGUCGUACUAUUUGCAAUAAUUGUAAACCCCCCGUAACAUUAUUAUCAUCACGUAACAAGACGAAAACUCGUAACUCAUCACGUAAAAUUCCCGUCAUACAGGGUGAAAACGGGAAUGUUUUGACAAUACAGGGUGGUAACCGUAGUUCAUCUGUAACACAGGGUGGCAACCGGAAUUUUUCGGACACACAGGGUGGUAACCGGAACUUUUCUGGCAUAUUACAGGGUGGCAAAUGCGACUUUUCUGGGAUGCAGGGUAACGCAUCCGAAAUGUGUCACAGUGGUAAUUGUGUGCAAGAUAGAUGUAAAAUGCCUAUCUCACCCGAUGUUUUACGCAAUUUUCGAGAAAUUGCCGAUUUUGAGGCGAAAGCCAGUUUUUCAGGUACCAGUGAGUUUAAUACCGCCCAGGUGGAGGGCGAGCCUCACGAUUUAUGUUUCCUCCCUAGUCUGACUCUUUAUACAGCGGGAGUUGACUUCGACCAGUUUAAGCCGACGAUCAGAAUCCAGAUAUUGGGUCAUAGCGGUGUUGCUGUCAUGGACACAGGGGCUACGGACUGCCUAGCCAGUCCGACGUUGUACCGGAAGUUGGUGGCAAGUGGCGUACGCUUCGCGGAGACGCAGCGAUUGAUCGGGUUAGCAGAUGGAACACGACAGGUACACGACGUCCUUACAGGUGAUGUCGCUGUCGUCCUGCAAGGUCGAAAGAUAUUUACUACAUUCCUGGUGAUCCCUGGGGCCGCUACGAGGACGCUUCUAGGACGUGAUUUCAUCAGAGACGCAGGUAUUCUCAUCAAUAUCCAGCAGGCAGCGUGGAGUUUUGCCGACACACCAGACCGGCGGUAUGCUUUUGUACAGGAUCGUGUACUUACCCCUACCGCCGACGCCGAGCUGAAGCGUGUCGAGGAAACCACGAAGCUGAAGCUGAGGACCGAGAGCAGAUGUUAUUGCCUUGGGGUAGCUUUGAAGCAGGGGGAGGGGCCGGACGAGCGACUUAUUGAGUACCCUAGCCGCCUCCUGGCUGCCACCGAGAGGAAAUACGCCGACGAAAGUCGUCGGCCGCCGCCAGACUAUAAGGUGGGCGAUUUGGUCUUGCUGAAGACCCAGGGUUUGAACGACGCUGAUCGAGGUCAAACCCCUAAAUUUAACCCUAGGCGUGACGGCCCGUAUAAGGUAUCGAGGGUCUUGAGUGACAGCACUUACCUCCUGGAGGGAGAGCCUGGAGCGAAGUUAGGGAAGUGUUAUGCCUCACAACUUACUCCAUUUGUUGGUCACAUCCAUCCGCCUGUUAGGGAAAAGCGUAGGCGAGGUAGGCCGCGUAACUUUUAAGCUAGUCCAGACCGCGUUGCGUCGUCUGAACUAGAGG